AAAUUAUGUUAAAGAAAUUUUAGUACGAUUUAUUCGUAAUCGGAGGAGGAGCAGGAGGUUUAGCAUCUUCAAAAGCUUCAGCAUUAUUGGGGAAAAAAGUAGGAAUGGCUGAUUUUGCAACUCCAAGUCCUCACGCAACAACAUGGGGAACAGGUGGUACAUGUGUAAAUGUUGGAUGUGUGCCAACAAAAUUAAUGCCAUUUUCAGCUAGAAUGGGUGAAAUUCGAAAAGAUCAAAUAGCAGCAGGAUUUUCAGGAAUAGAUAGUGAUGGAAAACAUAAUUGGUAAUAAUUGAUUGAGACAGUAUAAAAACACAUAAAAGAAUUAAAUGUGCGUUAAGAGAGUUCUUUAAAGGAUCAUGGUAUUGAUUAUUAUAACAAAUUUGCAAAAUUUAUUGAUCGGCAUACAAUUGAAGUAAGAAUAUGAUAUAAGUUUAUCUUAUUGUAGCUUACAGAUAUAAAAGGAGAGAAAGAGAUAAUAAGUGCAAAGAAUAUAAUAGUAUGUGUAGGAUCAAGACCAAUGUUGUAUUAAGAUCCAAAAUUAGUAAUAACAUCAGAGGAUGUAUUUUAAUAGACAAUUGCUCCAGGGAAAACAUUGGUGAUAGGAGCAUCAUAUGUAGGUUUAGAAUGUGCAGGAUUUAUACAUGGUUUUGGAUAUGAUACUACAGUAUUAGUAAGAACAAGAGUGAUGAGAAAUUUUGAUUAGGAAAUGGCUUCUAAAGUAGAAGGAUAUAUGUCAGACAAUGGAAUAAAAUUUACAAAGAGAGCUCAAUUACAAUCAAUAUAAGCAAUAGAUAAUGGUAAAAGAAGAUUAGUUAAAUGGGUACGUGAUGGAGUAGCUGAAGAAGAUACUUAUGAUACAGUAUUAUAUGGUAUAGGUAGAUAAGCAUCAACAAAAUAAUUAAAUUUAGAAUCUAUUGGUGUAAAAAUUGAUGCUAGAAAUUAUAAAAUUAUAGCUGAUGAUUAUGAUAGAACAACAGUUGAUAAUAUAUAUGCAAUUGGUGAUUGUUGUUUAAAUAGAUUAGAAUAUACACCUAUUGCUGUUAUGGCUGGUAGAAAAUUAGCUAAAAGACUUUAUGGAGAUAGCAAUGAAAUUAUGGAUUAUGCAGAUGUUGCAACUACUAUUUAUACUCCUAUAGAAUAUGGUUGUAUUGGAUUAUCAGAAGAAAGAGCUUUAUAAAAAUAUGGAUAAGAUGGAAUCAAAAUUUAUAGAUCCCAUUUUAAACCCUUAUAAUGGGGAUUUAGAAAAAGAGAUGAUGCUAAAUAUUGCGGAGGCAAAUUGAUUGUUCAUAAAGAAUCAGAUAGAAUCAUUGGAUUUCAUUAUGUUGGUCCUGAAGCUGCUGAAGUUACUUAAGGUUUUGCUGUUGCUAUGAAAAUGAAAUGUACCAAAAAAGAUUUUGAUAACACUGUCCCUAUUCAUCCUAGUCUUGCUGAAGUAUUAUUAAUUCUUAUUCUUUUAGGAAAUGAUUUUAAUGAAAUGA